CGCCAGUAAAGACGCCAGUUUUACACCGUGUCAGUCUUCUUGUCUCUUGAAAAGCACCCAAAGAUGGAAGAAUAUAUUUUAUUUGAUAAUAUUAUUUUUGAGUCAUCUAGUAGUGCUUCUUCGAGUGACAGUAAUGAUGAUGAACAGUUAAUAAAUAUAAUUUUAAAUAACAGAAAUGAAAGAAGAGUGCCAAAAAUUCGAAACUAUUUGGAACAUGUUGUUGCAUUGUACACAGAUAUCGAAUUUAAAUCACAUUUUAGAAUGGAACGUAAUACUUUUAAUUGUUUGAUGUAUUUAAUUGGACCAAAAUUAGAUAACAUUCCAUUUAAAGGAAGAGAACAAAUUAAUAUUGUAAAGCAAAUAUUAAUUGCUAUUUACGUCCUAGCAACACCAGAUUCGUUUCGCUCUAUAAGUGAACGAUUUGAUGUAACCAAAUCAACUGCAUGGCUUACUACGAAAAGAGUAGUUCGAGCAAUAUAUAGUAUUCGAAAUCACUUUAUUAAAUGGCCUACCUAUGAAGAAGCUGAAAACACUUGGACAAACAUUCAGACAUUAUAUGGAUUUCCUAAAGUUCUGGGCAUUAUUGAUGGAACGCACAUAAACAUUGCUCGACCAAAAGAAGACGCCAAUAGUUAUAUAAACAGAAAAGGCAGAUAUUCUAUACAGUUACAAGUAAUAUGUAAGAGUGAUUUAUCAUUUAUUCACGUAUUUGCUAGAAUGCCAGGAUGUGUCCACGAUAUGCGAGUGUUUCUUUAUUCUGGAGUUCAACAAUAUUGUAAUCCAGAGUAUUUUCCUGACAACAGUCACUUAUUAGGCGAUGCAGCAUACAAUAUCCAAAAAAAUGUUAUGGUGCCAUUCCAUGAUAAUGGUCACUUAACUAACGAACAAAAAAAAUUUAAUCGCUGCUUGUCAUCUGCUCGAAUGAUUGUUGAAAGAUCGAUAGGAUUAUUAAAAGGACGAUGGCGGUAUUUAGGAGAUAAAUUACCUAUGACAAAAACAAAUUUAAUUCCUUAUUACAUAAUUACUUGUUGCAUAUUGCAUAACAUAUGUUUGUUACGGAAUGAUCGUAUUGAAAUCCCUAUUAUUGUUCCUGAAAUAAUGCAUGAAAUGCAACCGCUAGGUAUCACUAAUAACUUGAAAGAAGAAGGAAAUAUUAAAAGAAACAGAUUGAUGCAAAUAAUUGCUUGUAAUGAUGUUGAAAGAAUUAAUUAGAAUUUAAUGAGAGAUGUAUUAUAUCAUAGCAUUAUCUAAUUAGAAUUUGUACGUACAAAACAAUAAGAUGUCGUAUUUUACAUUUGUGAUAAUACAUAAAAUAUUAAUAUAUGAUUUCUAUUUUAUAUCCUUCAUU